AUGGAGAGCAGGGAGGACAAAUCCCCGCAGCAGAACCUCGUGGAAGAGGCCGUUUUGAGCGACUCCACAGUGCAGGAAUCUAACGAGGAAAACCCCCGUCAAUCGUACAGGAGGAAGGGCUGCAAACGCAGAUUGCGAGGAUCUGAGGAGGAAAGACCCAGACUGUGCCAGGGAGAUGGGCAGAGUUUCAGCCAGAGCUCAGAGCUGGUGGUCCCUGAGCAGCAUCAUGAUGGGGAGAAGCCCUACAAGUGCUUGGAGUGUGGGAAGAGCUUCAGGCAGAGCAGCACCCUGAUCUGCCAUCAGAUGAUCCACACCGGGGAAUGGCCCUACAAGUGUGGGGAGUGUGGGAAGGGCUUCAGCUGCAGCUCCAAACUUGUCUUCCACCAACGCGGCCACACUGGAGAGAGGCCCUAUGAAUGUCCCGAGUGUCAGAAGAGGUUUCACACCAGCUCUGAACUCCUUGUACAUCAGCGGAUUCACACGGAUGAGAGGCCCUUCCGCUGCCCUGACUGCAGGAAGGGCUUCAAGCACAACUCCAGCCUCAUCAACCAUCAGCGCAUCCACACUGGGGAGAGGCCCUACGAGUGUGGGGAAUGUGGGAUGAGCUUCAGGCAGAGAUUCAGCCUGAACUGCCACCAGAGGAUCCACACCAGGGAACGGCCCUAUGAGUGUGGGGAAUGUGGGAAGAGCUUCAGCCAGAGGUCCCACCUGAUCAUCCACCAGAGGAUCCACACUGGGGAGAGGCCCUACGAGUGUCCUCAAUGUGGGAAGAGCUUCACCCAGAGCUCUCACUUGACCCGACACCAACAGAAGCACUGGUAAGGGAAGCCCUGUGAGUGCCCCGACUGCAGGAAGACCUUCGUGCACUGCUCCAAUUCCAUCCCCCAUAGGAGGACCCAUGUUGGGCAGAGCCCUGGUGACCCACAUUCCAAGUGAUCCCUGCUGAGAAGACACCUGUAAGGUGGUUUCCACAUUCUCCUAGUUUCCCAUAGGCACCUGGAUGAACACAGAGGCAGGAACAUCCAUAAGGACACUGAUCUAAACCAGAAAUUCAUUGGGAGGAAGUGAUUUGUUGACUUUAUACCCCCAAAAAUAUCACCUGCUCUGUCAAGUUAUUCUGGUGGCAGAUCAAGCAGCGCUGCAUGAUCUUGGAGGUCGUUUCCAUCUAAAUAAUUUCCUUCUUCACCCAGUCUAAACAACCAAAACUGGAGUGAAAAUAAAGAAGUUAAACUAA